AUGUUGAAAUCAACUAGAUUAAUUCAAAACAUUCCACCAUCAACCUUGCAAGGUGUAUUUGGAGGAUAUACACCAAACUCUGCUUUGGUUCUCUACAGAAACAACAACACUCAACAAAUUAGAUCGGCUGCAUCUUCAUCAGCAACAGGUGCUGCACCAUCAUCGUCAUCAUCGAAUAGCAAUGCUUCCGGUAAGAUUCCAGAUCCAUCCGGUGCUAUCUUCCAACAGAAGAUCUAUCACUACAGUUCAAUGGGUGUAGCUGCAUUGUUGCCAGUCUCAUUGAUGUUGCCAUCGUCCGAACUCACUCUUGUCACCGAUUGUGCAUUGGGUGUCAUCAUUCCAGCUCAUUUCUACCUCGGUAUGAACUCUGUAGUAAACGAUUACAUUUACUCUGUAUUCCCAAAGUAUUUAGUUAAGGCAUUAGUUGCUGGUACCUCUAUUGUUUUGUUCACAGGUAUUGUUUUCAUUGCUAAAAAGAGUGGUCUUGGUGCUACCGUUAGAGCUCUCUGGGUCAAAUAA